AUGCGCUGCCAUCCUAACCGCUCCUGGCGCGGGAUCGAGCCACCACCGUAUGUCCGCCGCCGCACAUCCCCGCACCUGCCGGCGGACCUGCCGCCGCGAGAUGACCAGCCGGCGGAAGCGGAGCUAGAGGCAGCUUACUGCCUCAUCUUGCUUACGGGACAGCAAGCCGACGGCGGCACCGGCCACGAUCUGCCGCCUCCAUCCGCGAUCAAGGUGUUCAAGUGCUCCAGCUGUGAUAAGGUGUUCGAUUCUCCCCACGGCCUGGGAGGACACAGAGCGGGGCACGCCAGGGCCACGAGGGACGUCGCCACGAGGAAGCGCAAGGCGCACGCGUCCGAGCAGCUCCACAGCUGCGGCUUCUGCUCGAUGAGCUUUCCCAGCGGACAGGCUCUGGGAGGGCACGUGUUGAUCCACUGUGAGGAGGAAUGCAGGCCUGAGAGGGCGGCAUCAGAGCCGGGGGCCGAAUCUUCCUCCACUGCAGGGAAUGGUGGUUGCGGUUUCGACCUCAACCUUCCUGCCCCAGAGGAGAUGAUACAGGGUGAAUUCUUCCCUCCUGAUUUUGGGAUCGAUGACGGCUCUCUUCUUUGA